AAACCUUACCGAAAAAGGCUGUCUUAAUAGAGCAAGAUAGUUUUCAGUUUGUAUGGAUAUCCUAACAUUUUCUUCGUCAUUUUCUUGGUCCUCUCUUCUCCUUACUACUGGUUCACUGAUAUUAUUCUUGUUUCUGUGGGGAAAGGGGAGGGGUAGGACAACGCUUCCUCUUCCUCCUGGGCCUCCUGCUUGGCCUAUCGUGGGAAACCUCUUUCAGCUGGGGAAAAGGCCUCACCAGUCUCUCUAUGCCCUGUCUUUGCAAUACGGCCCACUCAUGUCUCUCCGUCUGGGAAUGAAAACAACAGUGGUGGUGUCUUCUCCUGCCAUGGCCAAGGAGGUUCUCAAAACGCACGGCCACAUCUUGGCCGGCCGGACGGUAAUAGAAAUGAUCAAGUGUCUUUCCCAUCACAAAUCCUCCCUAAUUUGGGCUGAAUACGGAGCUCGCUGGCGUCGUCUCCGACGCAUUUCAACUGUUGAGCUUUUCAGCCCCAAAAGAAUGGAAGCUCUGCAACACCUGAGAAGAGAUGAGAUAUUCCACACAAUUCGACUACUUUAUGAGGACAAGGGAAAAGUAGUGGAUAUUGGGCGGACGGUGUUCUGCACGUCUCUAAAUUUGUUAGGCAAAAUGAUGUUCAGCACAAACGUCUUCGAUCCUCACAAUCCAGAGUCUGCAGGGUUCAAAAAUUCCAUGUGGGAGAUGAUGAAGCUCGCUGGAACGCCCAAUUUGGCUGACUUUUUUCCGCUUCUCCGGUUCCUCGACCCCCAGAAUGUCUCCCGGGAGAUGGCCAAGCAUUUGAAAGUUGUGUAUGAUUUUGUGGAUUUCUUCAUACAGAAAAGGUUCGCCUCUGCUAGCGAAAUCCUUGAGCGGAAUGACUCCAAGAAGGAUUUUCUGGACGUCCUGCUUGAUUUCAGAAGUGAUGGCUUCACUCUUGUUGAUAUUCGAGCCCUGAUUUCAGAUUUGUUUGUUGCUGGUACUGAAACGACCACUACAACAAUUGAAUGGGUUAUGGCAGAAUUCAUUCGCAAUCCACAGAAAUUAAACCGAGUUCGACAAGAACUGGGUGAAGUAGUUGGUUGCAACAGAAAAGUUGAAGAAUCUGAUUUAGAGCAUCUGCCUUAUCUCCAGACAGCCGUGAAAGAGAUAUUCCGAUUGCACCCGACUGUUCCUCUGUUGCUUCCCCACAAAGCUGAGAGUUCCUGUGUAAUUGGGGGUUAUCUGAUACCCAAAGAUAGCCAGGUGAUGGUGAACGUGUGGGCAAUUGGGAUGGACCCUGCAAUUUGGAAGCACCCUUCAGAAUUUUUGCCGGAGAGAUUUUUGGAGGGUGAGAAUAACAGGAUGGAUUACAGGGGACAAGACUUUGAGCUAAUUCCAUUUGGAUCGGGAAGAAGAAUUUGUCCAGGGCUUCCAUUGGCAAGUCGUAUGGUUAAUUUUGUUUUGGCUUCUUUACUUCAUUCCUUUGAGUGGAUACUUCCAGAGGGGAUGAACUCCGAGCAGUUGGACAUGGCGGACGAGUUUGGACUUACUCUAAAAAAGGCAGAGGAUUUAAAUGCAAUCCCUGUGCCAUGCUUGCCGCAUCAUCUAUACUAGCGGUGGAUGCAGGUGGAUGCAGGUGUAUUAGGAUAGAAUGUUAGCAUCUAUGUAGGUGUAUUAGGACGGAUGUUAGCAUUUCUAGUUGUGUAUAGAUAUUUUAAAAGCAUUAUGUGGAGUUGAGUGUUACUUCUAUAACAAAUUUACAAAAUACUCCUAUUAUGGUGUAAUUAUGAAAUUGUUAUUUUUAUUUUUA